AUGGUGAAGGGGCGUCAAGGAGAAACUAUCAGGGUUUAUGUGCGAGGCACGAUUUUAGGAUACAAAAGAUCGAAGUCAAAUCAGUAUCCGAGCACUUCAUUGUUACAGAUCGAUGGAGUUAACACAAAAGAGGAAGUUACAUGGUACCAAGGGAAACACAUUGCCUAUAUAUACAAGGCCAAGGUGAAGAAGAACGGAUCACACUACCGUUGUAUUUGGGGGAAGGUCUCACUUCCUCAUGGUAACAGUGGAGUUGUUCGAGCUAAUUUCAAGUUUAACCUUCCUUCCAAAUCUAUGGGGGAUAGAGUGAGGAUUUUCAUGUACCCAAGCAAUAUCUGAGGUGAGUUAUCUGUUUAAUAUGGUUGUUUUUCAAUAAUAUGCAUUGCUUCUUGGUGAAAAAACUACUUAGUAUUAGUUUUUGUUGAAUGGUUCUUAAAAACUGACCCUAUCUGGUUCUGUG